AUGUAUAGAGGUACUGGACCAGAUGGUGUCGCCAGGCCCAAUUCAAGUGGGAUUACGGUGAUCAUUAUCGGGCUCGGGUAUGCGGGUGCCGUCGCUGCUGUGGAAUGUCAUCGAAAAGGACACAAGGUCAUCGUGUUUGAGCAAGCACCCGACAUCAAGGCUUUAGGCGAUGUCAUCGGUAUCACCGGCAACGCUGCCCAGAUUAUCUCCAAAUGGGGCGACGGCAAGGUCCACAAACGCAUCGAGCCCUUUUUGUCCGAUUAUGCUCGCAUGAAUAUCUACAACACUAAAGGCGAGCGCCUUUGGAGCCACACAAUGCUAGGAUAUUCUGCCGGGUCCGGCUAUGCGGCGAAUCGCGGCGAUUUGGCAGUCAUCUUCUACUCUCAUGUUAGGGACCUGGGCAUCGAAGUGCAUCUGGGCAAGCGGGUGACUAAGUACUUCGAGAACGAGGCCGAAGCUGGUGUUGUCGUUGAUGGGAAGCGAUAUGCAGCCGACUGUGUGCUUGCAUGUGACGGUGUGCACUCUAAAGCGCGUGGGUUUAUCAUUGGACGCUCCGACUCUCCCCAUUCCACAGGAUAUGCCGUCUAUCGAGCAUGGUAUAAUGGAGACAACGCAUCUCAAGACCCUGAUCUGGCCUGGCUCGUCGAAGGGCCCCACGACAAAAUGGAAACCUAUAUUGGACCUGACGUGCAUUGUAUCAUUGGAACGGGACGAGGCUGUAAGGAUAUCGUCUGGACCUGCACCCACAAAGACACCUAUGACAUUGCUGAGUCGUGGUCAUUCCCUGGCAAGAUUGAAGACGCACUCAAAGUAGUGGAAGGCUGGGAUCCUAAGGUGACCAAGGUCAUCAGCAAGACACCUCCAGAUCAGCUGGUCGACUAUAAGCUGCUCUGGAGGGAUCCCCUGCCCGGAUGGGUUUCGAAUCAUGGCAGGAUGAUGCUCGUCGGCGACUCGGCUCACCCUUUUCUUCCCACCUCGGGUCAAGGUGCCGGCCAGGCUGUCGAGGACGCUGCGACGGUUGCCAUAUGUCUCGAACUGGCUGGGAAGAAUCGGAUUUCUCUCGCUCUCCGGGCGUCGGAGAAGAUUAGGUAUGCUCGAGCCACGCUUGCCCAACGUAUUGGAGUCGAAACGCGCGAUGCCUGGCACAAGACCGACUGGAAUGCAGUCAAGAAGAAUCCCAAGCUGUUGGAGAUGCCUCGUCCUGAUUGGCUCUUUGGCCAUGAUCCCCAAGAAUACGCCUAUGAGGAAUUUGAAACAGCUGUACACGCCGUUGAGACCGGGUGUGAGUAUAUUCCGCGAAACAUCCCACCCCCAGGACAGACACAUAGGACGGGGGACUUCAGUGGCAAGAAGCUGAAGGCCUGGAAGGCUCCUAUGCUGCGCCCCAAGCUCUUUGGAAUCCUCGAAGACUUCAAGCUCGAACAUGUUCCUGGAACAGCCCUAUUGAACGAUGAGUUGCAGCCAAUCCACGCUGUGGGCCUGAAACAUGGGACAGGCAAGUAUUCCCAUAUCUUUCUGGUCCCGCAACCAUCGGAAGACCCAAACGAUCCCCUGAACUGGCCCCUAUGGCAGAAGGAUCUCUGCCUGUUUACUAGACUCCUCGGCACACUACUCUUUCCCGGCGUCUUGGUUUCCAUUCUAUCGCCGGCGACCUACCCCAUGUCUGCAGAAUUCGGCACGACUCUUACGGCCAUUGCCCAGCUGACAGGGUACUGUCUCCUCUGCGUUGGAUCCUUCGGUAUAUUUGUCUCCGCAAUGUCUCGUCUCUGGGGCAAGCGACCGCAAUUCUUGCUUGCCUCGCUCUCAGGUAUCAUCGGUACUCUGGUAGGCGAAUGCGCGAGAAAUUACAACAGCAUCCUUGCCGCUCGCCUCCUUCAAGGAUUCAGUGUUGCCGCUUAG